UGUUGUGAUUUUAAGUUUAUUUAAAUUUACAAUUCAGUGAAUUUUAAACUUACAAACAUUAGUAAUUCCGCAAAAAAAUAUUAUGAAUCAUAUUUAGUGGCAGAUUAGACUCCUCCAUUUACGUUUGGCUUAAUUGAAAAUUCGUUCAAUAUGGAUUACGACUAUCUUAUAAAACUACUGUGCGUUGGCGAUUCAGGAGUUGGAAAAACCAGUUUCCUGUAUAAAUAUACCGACGGCGUUUUUCACACUCAGUUUAUCUCGACAGUUGGUAUUGAUUUUCGGGAAAAGUCUGUGAUUUAUCAACAGAAUGGAAGGCAACACAGAAUACAUCUACAGUUGUGGGACACCGCAGGGCAAGAGAGGUUCAGAAGUCUAACAACAGCCUUCUACCGUGACGCAAUGGGUUUUCUGCUUCUCUUCGAUCUGACUAAUGAGGCCUCAUUCCUGGAGGUCAGGAAUUGGAUUGAGCAGUUAAAGACACACAGUUUGAGUGACGACCCUGACAUUGUCCUCUGCGGGCACAAAUGCGAUCUUCAAGAGAAACGCCUGGUCAACCAAAAUCGAGCUCGAGAGUUCGCUAAAAACUACAACUUGCCUUAUUUAGAGACCAGCGCCAAGUCAGGCCAGAACAUAGACCGGGCUAUAGAGAUACUGUUAGACAAAGUUAUGAUCAGAAUGGAGUCGUCAGUAGAGUACGCGAUGCUGUGCGCGUCGGGACGGCGGCGGCAGUCACUACAGAAACUGCAGGCCAAGCAGGACAGCAAGCCUUGCUCCUGCUAGACUUAAGGCGGUCCCACUGCGACGCACACUACAGAAGCUACUAGAAUGACGCACGAAGCUAGGUAGGCGCCAGUCGCACAUUGCACACGAUCAAGACGUGUAGUAGAACAUGAAUGCGCUCACUCAUUUGCGUACCUAGGCCUUGAAUCUGUUCCAAUGUGCGACCGGCCAAAGAAAAACAUGAAUGAAAAGCGUGUUGGAGAAAAUUCAUUAUAAUUACUAAGCGAGUCUUAAAAAAACGGAUGUAGUGUGGCCGCGCCGCAGUGGGUUUUCGGAUCUAUUAUCUGUGAUUUUAUACACUCCUAACAUUUUACAUUCAUUUUCGAUUUUUUGUCAUAAGUGCCAAAUACGCAAUUAUCGUAAACAGUUGUCUAAAUUUUAAAUGAGAAAUAUUUUUUUUAGUUUAGCCAAAAACAAUAUUGGGACUAAAUACAGUAUGUGAGACUGAUUUUGAUUUUAUAGUACAAAUGAACUUAUUGGCGGGCUAAAACGCUCAUAGGCGGUGAAAAAUACUUGAAUACGGUAAUACUACUGUUAGUUUUGCUUACCUUAAAGGAUUGAACUUUUACUUGGUCUCGAACGGCUUUGGAACUGGGGAAAAUGCGCUAUUUCAGUUCACACAGCACUUUUGGCGUUUGCCAUCUGUAAUGCCUCCUCUACACUAUCGGCGAUGAUCGUCGAUAGUGUCAUCGGCAAGAUCAUCGUGCAAGCAUCCACACGAUUGCCUGUCAACGCAACCACCCGGCGAUUCCCUUUGAUGCGUGCCCAAAAACCGACAACUCACGGGUCGCAGGCGAUGAUAGACGAUGACUGGCGGCUGGCGGGGACUGCCGAGUAUGCCCGCUAGUCAUCGUCUAUCGUGUAGAGGAGCCAUAAUGUCGUAUCGCAUUGCACCUACCUAUUAAAGCGUCCUGCAUUUGAGAUGAAUAGACAUUCAAUACACUAGAGCCUCUUCCACACCAUGAUACUAAGGUGUAAAGAUAAAUAGUGCAUUCUUAGGAUUUCUGUUAAACCGUAUUUGCUGUAGAUUAAUGCAAACUUUAGAAAGUUGUAUUAUAUAAACAAUUGUUGUAUAAUAUGCAUUCUAUUCCUUAUUAUUUAUGUAAUUAGUAAAAAAGGAGCUGAUCUAAAAUAAUAAACUAUAAUAGAUGUCAUAUAUUAAUGAAACAGAGAUGAAGCCCUCCAGUGGUGAAGGCCUGAUUCGA